AUGGCCUCUUUCAAAAGCCUCGGAAACUCGCAUUCGGGUAUUCUUCAUGAAUAUGCGCCCAGACUUGUAGCCUUUGAGUUUACGUCUCCCGCAGACAAGAUCAGCAAACCGAAUAGUCUGAUAUUCAUCGGUGGAUUGACCGAUGGCUUUUGCACAGUCCCAUAUGUCUCUAAACUGGCGAAGGCCCUGGAAAAGACUGAUUGGUCGCUGUUCUCCAUUCUUCUGACAUCCUCAUAUAAUGGCUUCGGGACCAGCAGCCUUGACAAGGACGUCGAGGAGAUCGGCAAGUGCGUGCACUUCGUCAAAGAGCUGAAGGCCGCAAGAAUGCCCGGGGCUUCUGAAAACAUCAGGAAGAUAGCGAUCAUGGGCCACUCGACUGGUAGUCAAGAUGUUCUGCACUAUCUCUAUAUGCCCAAUCCGCUCCCCAAACCUGAUUUCGACAUCGGGCUUGAAUACCUCAUCCGCCCAAAGAUAAAUGGUGCAAUUAUGCAGGCUGCCGUGUCAGAUCGAGAAGUCAUUCUGGAUGUCCUCAAGUCGGCAAACCACCAAGGUGAAGUGGCAGGUGCUUACAGACAACUGGUGAACGCCGCCAAGACGUUGCCUUGGACCCAGGAUGGGAAAGAUUCAAUCCUCCCGAUGAAUUUGACCGCCCUGCUUGGAUUGCCAGGAGACGCACCACUCAGUGCUCGAAGGUUCCUCAGCCUAGCCAGCCCGGACAGCCCGGCAGCCCCCUCGGAAGAUGACCUUUUUAGUUCCGAUCUGAGUGACGAUCGUCUGGGGCAGACUUUUGGGUGCGUUGGCACCCGGGGACUGUUAGAGUCUAAGCUAUGCGUUCUACAAUCAGGCGAGGAUGAAUUUUGUCCCUCCUGGAUCGACAAGGAAGCCUUGAUGAAGCGCUGGAAACAUGCAAUUGAGGCUGGCGGCGCCGAAUGGGAUACAGAGGUCAGCGGCGUCGUACCUGGUGCCAGCCACAAUGUCCAGGACAACGGCCAGGAGGAUCUGAUUGAACGCGUUCUACGCUACUUGAAGAGCCUUUGA